UUCAGCUUUCCAGAGCUGCCAGGCUGCUCUACAGCGCUGCAAAGUGUAAAGUACCAAAGUCCUGUACAAACAGUCUCGCAGCAAGCUCUGAGAAUCCAAUAUGGCAUCUUGCAUGAGGAGCUUAUUUUCUGACCACAGCAGAUACGUUGAAUCUUUUCGGAGGUUUUUAAAUAAUUCCACGGAACACCAGUGUAUGCAGGAAUUCAUGGAUAAGAAGCUUCCAGGCAUAAUAGCAAGGAUUGGAGAAAAAAAAGCAGAAAUUAAGAUUCUGAGUGUAGGCGGAGGUGCAGGUGAAGUUGACCUUCAAAUUCUCUCCAAAGUCCAGGCUCAAUACCCAGGAAUCUUUAUUAAUAAUGAAGUUGUUGAACCAAGUGCUGAACAAAUUGUCAAGUACCAAGAGCUUGUAGCCAAGACAUCAAACAUGGAGAACAUAAAAUUUUCUUGGCACAAGGAGACAUCAUCUGAAUAUCAAAAACGUAUGCUGGAAGAAGAAGCACCUCCAAAGUGGGACUUUAUUCAUAUGAUUCAGAUGCUGUAUUAUGUAAAGAAUAUUCCAGCCACCCUGAAAUUCUUCCAUGGUCUCUUAGCUGACAAUGCUAAAAUUCUCAUUAUUAUUGUGUCAGGAACUAGUGGCUGGGAAAAGCUAUGGAAAAAAUAUGGAUCCCGCCUACCCAGGGAUGACCUCUGCCAGUAUGUCACAUCUUCUGAUCUUACUCAGAUAUUGGACGACUUGGGUAUUAAGUAUGAAUGUUAUGACCUUUUGUCCACCAUGGACAUAACGGACUGUUUUAUUGAUGGUAAUGAAAAUGGAGACCUGCUUUGGGAUUUUUUGACAGAAACUUGCAACUUUAGCAAAACAGCACCACUGAAUCUCAAAAUGGAAAUUAUGAAAGAUCUUCAAGAGCCUGAAUUUAGUGUUAAGAAAGAGGGCAAGGUACUUUUUAACAAUAAUCUGAGUUUUAUAGUGAUUGAGGCAAAUGUAUAAGUCAUAAGAGUAUUUAGAGUUUAUAUUUUGACCAAAUGCUGAUGUAUUUACAUAUCAAAUACAUAUUAUUUAAAUAGUGUUAAAAUUAAUUCCAUAAUAGGACACAGUAUUAUCUCUUAUAAAUGAAAUCUACAAAUUUCCAUGACAACUUAGUCUUUCUCAAGAACCACAUGGGCUACUUCCAAGUUGUGACCUUGAAGGAAAAUAUUCAGUUUAAACACUGCCUCACUAGAAACAUGGGACUUGAGUUUUCGUUAGCUUACUGAUAAUAAAGUUCUUUCCAUUUUCUUAGUGUACUGGAAAUUCUUAGACUAGCAAUAAAAUAAAAUAUGUCAUCCA